UGAAGUUAGAACUUAAUUUUAGUUCGCUUUUUAUGAAGUAUUAGAGAUUGAUCCUAUACAUAACCUUGAUCAAAUUGGACAUAAAUUUCAUUAUUUAAAAUGGUACUCUCAAAUGAUGGGACAUUUGAACUGACUUUGGUUGAUCCUUUUAGACAAUGUAAAGGAAAACCAUUAGAAUACAAGCACAUAAUGACACCUGAAGGGAUCUGCGUCAUAGGGGAAGUGGAUUAGCAUUUCAUUUUAAAUGUAGAAUGCAAAGACAAGGGUGUCUAUGGGAUAAGAGUCAUAGUUGAUGGAUAUACAUUACCAGGGAAGAAGACUUUUAAAAGUAAGUGUAAAAUUUAAGGUUUCACAAAUCCUGAGGGGAACAUAAAUUGCUUUAAAUUCUAAAGACCAAAGACGGACCCAGAAUCGACAAAUUUAUUCAAAAGAAAUGUUUAUAGGCCACCUUGGGAUUUGAAUCAAAAUGAUUAUCGUGAUUAUCCUGGAGGUGCAGGUGAGAUAAUAGUCAAGAUUUAUGACACCAAAUAAGAAGAGAAUAAACAAGGAGGUGGUGGUGGAGGAGGACCAAGAGGAGGACCUAGAAAAUCUUAGGAUCCCAUGUUUGUUGAAGUAACAAAGAAUGAAAAUAAAGCAGCUUAAGAUUAAUGUUUAGGUAUUUCACAAGGCAAUGUGAUUGAAUUACCUCCAAGACAAGGUGGUUUUGAUGAUUCUAGACCACCUAAACCAUUUAAAGAUGUUAUUGUUUAUGAACACAUUGUAUAAUCUUUUAGAAUAAUAUAUUUGGAUACUACAAGUUUGGUUGAGAAGGGAUUCAUUAAGUUGAAUUGCCAUAACCAUAUUACUUAUUUGACUGAAGAGUUCUUCUAAGGUAAUGAGGCUGCUUUGAUUCAGGUAUUGUAAACUCUCAUUGAGAGUGGUCAAAAAGAUAAGGAAGAAUAGGAUAUUCAACAAACAGCAAAUGUCUUGGUGGAAAGAUUAGAUUAUUUCUUUUCAGGAGAACUAUUGAAUGUAUUUUUAAGCAAGGAGAAUUAAGAACAAUUAUAAUUAGAUCCAGGAUAGAGAGCUUAAUAUUUAGAAAGUGAAAUGAUAAAAUUUAUGGAGAAUUGGGGAGAAUUCUUUUUGAAUUUGGGAAUGGGAACUUUUGGAAUAAAAAACAAAUUUGAUAUGAAACUCUAUGUAGAGAGAAUUUAAGAAAAGGUUAUCAAUAACCAACUUAAAAAUGGAAAUGAAAUAUAAAUAUAAUAAUAAUGA